CGCGUGCAUAUCCAAGGUGUUAAUCUGCUUUUGGUAAAGUGGGAGACUGAUUUGCUUAGUCUAGACGUGUGAUCGGUUAGUUAGGAUGACCGAUAAUUUUGUCCCCUACGGGGCGUGUUUUAAUUGCAAACAACAGGGGCAUUGGGCAAGGAAUUGCCCAUACCCCAGACGAGACGAGGGCUUGAUUACGGGAAGGCCGAUCUCGGGGCCAACUUACGGAGCGUGUAGCUCACGAGGACAACCGCUGCUCGUUGCUCCAACCACGAUUCCGCCGCAGUAUGCACCAUCUGCUCCACCUCUGCCUAUGUACGUGCCAUCGGCUCCUCCGCUGCCCACCCCGACGGCUCCUGUUCCACCAUCUUCACUUCCUCCCUCUCCUCCACUUCCCCCUCCACCACUAGCUGUGCCCACCCACAACGUAACUCACGAUGCUUCUAUGUCCACGACACUUGUCCCCUACCAGCCGCGGCAAGCUGCAACUUAUCAAAAUGCACCUAGCUGGAAUAACUGGAAUCCGAGAGCUAGAGAAGGAGAGUUACUAGCUCUGGUGCGCGAGAUCGCAUAUGACAAUAGGGAGUUAAGAGAAACUAGAAGACUGGAAAGCGAGCGUAAGGCAAGGGAGGAACAAGAAAGGAUGGCGAAGGAAGCGGAAGCAAAGAAGGCGGAGGAAGAGGCUAAGAAGGAAGCGGAUAAAGAGGCAAGGCUGGCAAAGAUGAUGAAUGAGCGACUAGGCAAGAUGGAGAAGAAAAGGGAGGAGGAUAACAAGAAGAUUUGGGAGAAGUUGGGAAAAGCAAAGAAGCAGAGGAGGGUGACAAGGCUAGCGGAGAAAAGAAGAAGAGAGGACAGGAGGAAAUGACGGGGGUUACGGCCGCCCAUCCCCCUACCCCUCGACAACGGGUGAAUGAGGUAGGGGCGCUCGAUGCUGGAUUACUGCUAAUGAAUCUCGACUUAGUAC